AUGUUUGUAUUAGUUGACAAAAAUCAAUUCAAUUUAAAUAAAAGUUAUUUGAUAAAUAAAGAUACAAUCAAAAAUUUAUUGUUUAGAAAAAAAGCAAUGAUAUCUAUUUAUCAAAAAUCUUCUGAAGAAACUCUCAAGCAAGUUUUGGAAAAAUGGGAAAAUAAAAAGCUGUAAUUAAUACUGUUAGAAGUUGCAGAUGACUAAUAUGACUAAGUUGUGUAAGGGUUAAAAAAAGCUAAUUUAUCAAGUUUAGAUUGGGUCUUAAAAUACUUAGUUCGCUCACCUUUUAGCUUUGAUUAGAUUAAAAUUAUAAUUGAUUCAGGAUUUCUUUUAAAUUAUGAAGGCUAAGAUGAUGAAAGUGAAACAGAUUUUAAUGAUUCAGGUAUUAUUUUUGAAGGCUAAUUUUUACUGUCUAGCUAUCUUAUAAUGUAUUACUUUUAAAAUAGCUAGUAUGACUACAAAUCUGCUAGAAAAGCUGCAAUUAAAGCUUUAAAAAAUGAUGUAGCAAUUUCUACAUACAUAGCUAAAUUAAUAAAAAGUAGCAAAAAUAAGAAAAUAUCAUAAGAAAUUUAUAAAGAAUCAAAAAGUUAAAACUAUUAAUUGGAGUAAGCUGAUAUAAAAAAUAAACUGUACAAUCAGAUAUCAGGAGUACUCAGCGAGCAAAGUUAUUUAUAAUAAUUAAUUAAGAGUGAUUCUAAAGUUGAUAGGGCAUUAAGCUUACUAAUGUCAGCUCUAGAAAACAAAGUUCAUAUUGAGCAGGCUUAAACUAUAGCAAAAGGUUUAGAAUAGUAUUUAGUAUCUAUUAGCUUUAAUCUGCUUUUUCCAAAAGAAAUUGAAAUAAUAUUAAAUGAAAUUAAAUAAUUGCCUUUUGAAAGAUUUUUGAGGUAGAAUAUUGCUUAAUUAGCUAUCGAUAUGUUAAAAAAGAGAUAACCUAUUAAUAUAAAUCCAAGUGAUGAAUUUCUAAACUAUGAAGUUGUUAAUUUUUCUUACUUUUCUGUUUUUUGUGAAUGUGUACAGGAUACUAUAGAAAAUGUUAUAGAUAAAAUUAAAAAUAAAAGCAUUUUAAUGAUAGAAGUAUGUCCAGAGCAAUAUAAAGAAGUUGUUCUUUAAGUUAGCAAGAGAUUAAAUAUUAGUGAAAAAGAUACUUAGAAAAGGAUAUCAAUUUCCUAGAUUACUUAAGAAUAAAUUAGUCUAAUGGUGGAAUCAGGAUAUAUUUUAAAUUUUUUAAAGGAAGAACAUUAAAAGGCAAUUCAUGGGAAGAAUCUGUCAAAUCAGCUGUAAAGAAUAUGA